UUCGCGACAUGUCGCACAGUCCACCCAACUACAUGGACGGCGUUCCGGUGAAAAUAUCCGAGCGCUUUAAACCUCCACCAAAGAUAGUGCUCCCGCAGGGUGUUGUUAACCGUCUGAACCAGUACGAUGUCGAGCAGGUACUGCAUGACUCAUGUUACGAGGGCGAGCUGGAAGAUACGGUACUUAAGCGAGUAGCGGAAUGGAAAGCCGUGAAGGAGCGCGAACGCUACGAGAGGAAGACACGUUUGCAGGUCAGAGAGCAGGAACGGGCGCGACUGAUCGAGCAGGAACAGAAGCAAAAGCUCAAUCAAAUCUCGUACCCCAACACAGACGAGCUGUCCAGUGCUAGCGACGAUAAUGAUGCGGACGAACCAACGGCGGCGCGCACGAUAAACGCAUCGGACGAUGAGUACGAGGAAGAGAACGAUGAAUCUGCCCCGUCCGGCUCAUCGGACGAGCGUACCAACAAUGCAAAACCGUUCGAUCAUAUGAGCCAGCUAAGCUCUAUACUGGUACCGACUGUGAUACGGGACGUAGUGCCCAGUGCUGUGUCGCACGCUCCAUACCCAAAUGUACUCGUUAAAGCAACUACCACUACUACUACCAUUCCAAAGACGGCCCUAUCCGAAACGGCGAUGCCGAAUGUCGCCACGUUUGGAAGCAACAACAAUAACAAUAACAAUAAUUAUAAUAAAAUCAAUUACUCGGACUUUGAAAACGAUACGUCGAGUCCGUUCGAUAACAUGGAGCUGCGAACGAUCAACGAUUUAGACAUUUUGGCUCAAGUGUUGAAGCAAAACGCUACCCUGAUUGCUAGUCCAACGAAUGAGGUUGAAAAGCAGGAACUGCCGGAAACGAAUGAAACGAAAGAUGCGAUACAACCGGUACAACCUUCCCCGGCCGUACAGUCUUCAGAGCAGCGGCAAGCGCAACCGCAGCAUCCGGCGCAUCACAAUCCCUCUCCAGUUACAACCAAUCCGUACAGCAGUACAGCCUACACCACGACGAAUCAGCAGUAUUCGAUGUAUCCGGGGUAUCAGCAACCCACGCAAACGACGAUCGCUUCAGCCGGUGUAAAUGAGUAUCUUCCGUCACCUUAUAGCGCUUAUCAGCCACCGUACAGUAAUUAUGGCACACAGUACGAAACCACGGCACUGGCCGCAUCUUGCUAUUCAAAUUAUCCCAGCUCAACGUACCACGUUACGCCUGCUAGCCAAAAUCAUCAGAGCUCCACAUACUCACCGGUCGUUACUAACUAUGCGUACGGAUAUCAGCAACAGCAGCAGUCUUACGUAACUGCACCGUCCAGUUCGAUGGCCAGCGGUACCGGGACCUCUACCUAUGCUCCAAGCUAUGGUUACAGCAACACUAACGCGGCCCACAAGCAAACCGGUGGCUACUAUACCAACUAUCAGACAGUUUCUACGUCCGGUGGUGGAACAACGGCAUAUCCUUCCAUCUAUACUACGGCCACCGGUACGGUUGCGAUGGGUGCGGACGCUCAGACAGGACUGAGAUCAAAGUCUAGAAGUGUACCGGACAUUAUGCGACAGUUGGACGAUGAGGUGCAAGAUUCAGCGACGCGAAGGACGCGUAAUAACAGUCAAACGAUUGCCGAUCGUCAAACGGGCACUGAUCAGUAUGCUGCAUCAUCUAAUAGCAGCACCGAAAGGAGUUCCGUCGACUACACUAUUUACAAUCAACUAACGCAAACCGAUCAAAACAUUGUGAAACGGAUUAGUAAUAUGGGAUUCCCACUGGAACGGGUGGUGUGGGUAUUGAAGCGCAUUGGAAACGACGACAAAAAGAUCGUCGAACAUCUGAUACCGUUGAAUGAGCUGCUGGAUCUUGGCUUUGAGGGAGAAAAAAUCUCAGACGCACUGCUAAAGUUCGACAACAAUAAACAUAAAGCGCUUGAUUAUUUGAUUUCGUAGAAUACGCGGUCGAUAUC